UUCAAGGUUAGGAAUUAUUUUUUAUGGCUGUAUAUUUUAGGAUAGAUAUUUCCCGCUGGUAAUGAAGCGGCAGGAAGUGUUUUACUUUUUAAAGACAUGUAGAACAGAAAUGUUGGAGAGAAAAGUUUUUUUGUGAGUUUCUUUUGGGACUGUGAGAAUAGUCGCUGUAAAAUCUGUGUAGAGAAUGGCAGACACGGACGGCAUCAAAGCCAGGUAUUUCAUCUCACCUGUCAUCAUCUUCGUCGGUGCGGCGCUGAGUACCAUCGGCGUCAUCACCAACCACUGGACUAGUGGGACGGGACUGAACAACAACAACGUCACGUACGGCCUGUGGAAGGUCUGCGGGGACAACGGUCACUGCGACCCCAUCCCAGCUCAGUACGUCACCUCCGAGUUGCUGGCCUGUCGAGGUUUUCUUGUGUUCGGUACAGUGGCCUGCGCCAUCAGCAUCAUCAUGAUACUUGUCUACCCCUGCUUUCCUAGACGGGGAGAUUCUGAAAACAAACUAUUUCCCAUUUUAUCAGCCGCAUUUGGCGUAGUUGCUGAUGUGUCCAGCCUAGCCGGCUUAGCUGUGUGGGCCAGUGUCAAAGACUUCAUCCCCAUUGGUCAGACAACUCUAGGGUUUUCCUUCAUCGUCUGCGGCUUUGCGGAGAUGAUCAUUCUCUUGGGCAGCCUCGUUGGAUUUAAGAGUAUCUUCUACCACCAGUGUGGUUACAGGAGACGAUACAUCGUCAUCGUUGAUGAAGGCUAGUGCUGGUUUAACGGACGAUACAUCGUCAUAGUUGAUGAAGGCUAACGUUGGUUUAAUGGGGGCUAAAUCGUCAUGGUUGAUGAAUGCUAGUUUUGGUUUACUG